GAAUUUUGAAACCAUGUAAUAUAGGCCGGCCUACCGCCGAAAUUACAUAAGAGUGCUUAGUUCUUCUUCAUACACUUUAAGUCACUGAACUUGUUUCAACUCAGUGUGGAUCCCAGAAAAAACUAGGCCUACGGUAGGCCUAUUGAAUAAAAUUGUCUGAAGCAGCCCCACCCAUCCAGCAAUUUGCCCUGCUGCAAGGACUGGCCAGAGCCGUAGAUGGCUCUGGACUGGCAUACCCCCAAUUUCGUCACGAAUGGAAGGAAUACGGGGCCUAGCCUGCGAGUUUCCUGAUUCGCCGCCUAGCCUCGAUUUGGGGGGGCAUAGUUUUUGGGAUUGCCAGAACAAGUACAUCCAGCUCGAACAGAGGCUCAAAGCAACAGUCCCGAUCACUGCCUGGGCGGUAGGUAUAAUAAUUCAACAGAAUCUGGUUUAGUGAUGGGGAAGUAAAAGAGAUGUUCCAGGAACUAGGGCGGCAAAGUAUCAGACUAACUUUGUAAAAAAGAAAAAUCUUCGCUGUGGAUUCGAAGCGGGUGGUUGAGGACACGACAGUCAUUCGGGGAAAGGUUCGAGGAGGAGGGCAAGCGACAAGGGUCAGGCAUCGGCAGCCGCAUUGUUCUUGUCGUUCGGACUAUCAACAACUCGUUUUACAUUCGAUAGUACACAGACACAUAAAGCUGAAAUAUUUACGGAUAGGACUUCUCCACACAUCCCCCUCAAAGUGUAUGGUGAUCUGCCUGCGGGCGGUGGAGUGCUGGACUGAGAAAAGGAGACAAAACAGACCCUGGGAAAGGAGAGAGAAAAGGACAAGGCGGUGGCACUUUGCCUAUGGCAACACACAGCGGCUCCCUGUCAAACAGCAGCACCAAUGGCAAGCCUCGACUCCUGCUGGCUCCGCAUUGCAACCCCAAAGUCCGCGUCCGGCUGUCCUCAGCGCACAGUGGGGGCGACAGCGACAGUGACAGCGAUGGCGGCCAUAGUGGGGCCACCUUUAACCAUGUACCGAUGGUUUGCCUCCCCCUGGUCUUUGAGGACCAGAAGGUGGUGUGGACCUACUCUGACCAAACCCAGGACCUCGACCGCAUCCCAGAGCUGGUGCGUGCGUUCAACGCCUUCCCGUAUCCCACGCUGAACGAACUCACCACGCUGGCCGUGAGCAGCUCUAAGCCGUUGGAGAAGGUCAAGGUGUGGUUCAUGGUGCAGCGCAUGAAGUACGGCAUCAGCUGGACCCCGGAGGACAUAGAACAAGUACGACUGAAGAUCGGGGAGCAGAAGGGCACGAGCAAGUACAUGCAAACGAACAAUAACGUGGUGAAAACCACGGCUGAAGAGGAGGAGGUGAUCAAAGUAAGACGGCCCCCCAACGGCACGCCAACGUUCCGCUCCUCCCUGCCACCCCCCGAGGACUCUUACUACUACAGAGAGCCAGCGAACGUGCCGGGCAUUGCGUCCGCCGGCUCCUUUCCAACGUUAAUAAAGUCAGAAUCGCCCAGCACGCCAAAAUGUAACCCCUCGUCCCUGGUCGGCCCCGAGACCCCACUGGCACUGCAGCAGCAGCAGCAGAGGACGGGGCGCUACAAGAAGUCCAAAGCCCAGCUGGCCCUGCUGCGGGAGAGCUUCCUGCGGGAGAACCGGCCCAGCGAGGCCGAGAUGCAGCGGCUGCAGGGGGAGACGGGCCUGAGCCGAAACGACAUACGCAAGUGGUUCAGCGACAGCCGGUACCAGCUACGGCACGGGCGCACGGGGUUGCUGGGGGGCCUCAGCAGCCCAAGCUUGAGCGCCAACGGUGGAGGAGGAGGAGGCGGCGGUCGUGUAGACUUGGAGGUCAAGACAGAGCCGCUCACACCCAAACAGAUGCCCAAAAACACAGAGCUGCUCACACACAUGCAGAAACCUAACAACACACAGUCACACACACACAUACAGACACCCAACAAGACAGGGCUGCCUCAAGCUGUCGAAGUGAAGUCAGAGGGGGAGGAACACAGAUGUGUGCCAGCGCAGCACACAGCCAAGCAGGACACACGGGGCGAUGAGGACGAAAAACCCCUUCAGCUCAUCAGGCAGCCAAAGGCGCCAACGGUGUUGAAUGAGGUGUUGAAUGAGGUGUUGAAGACAGCGCUCAAGACGGAGGUGACGGGGAAACCCAUGCAGCUGGCCAAUGAAACAGAGCCUCUCGUGCCCAAGCAGACGGACAAUAAGACGCCGCAGGAGCAACUCCAGCCCCUGCCGCUCGUGGCCCGCAAGCCCGUGUCCCGCGGUAAGCCGAACAUGCAGGUCCUGAGGGAGAAAAGCUUCUUCAAGAACUUCCUGUCCGAGCGUUUGCAGGCUUUCGAGGUGACGUCGGAAAUGUCCACAGGGUUACUGGAGGGCGAGCCAGCGCAGCCCAGAGCCAAGCAGGGUGCACAGGACGACGAGGAAGAGCAACCCCUUCAGCUGAUCAGGCAGCCCUCGCAGCCAAAUGCGCCGACGACGUUGCCGACUAACACCUCGUCUCGGUCACUCUCAGCCACCCCUCCCCCCGCUGCUGCUGCGCUGCCGAACAAAGGCGCCUCCGCCUCGAUGAAGGCGCCGACUGUGGCCAAAAGGAAACGCCACAGCGACCCCGGCCCCGGCCAAGAGGCCCCCUCUACCUCUACCACCUCCUCCCUGACGGCGGCGGGCCGCCCUCGCAAGACAAAGGAGCAGCUGGACCUGCUGAAGUCGCACUUCCUGACCAGCCAAUGGCCCACCAGCGAGGAAUACACCAAACUCACCGAGCUCACCGGCCUGCCCCGGCCUGACGUCAUCCAGUGGUUUGGUGACACGCGCUAUGCGGUGAAGAACGGGCAGCUGCGCUGGGUGCGAUCCCUCCGUGAACAGAUAGUCGCCGACAUCACGCAGCACCAGAGCGGUGGCAGUGGCGGCGGCACAGGUGGAAGCUCACGCAGCCGCAAACGGAAGCAAUCAGGGUCUGACGCCGGCGGUAAAGUGCCGACGGUGUCGUCCGGAGAUUCUACUGAAGUCACACCACUGGAGUCGUACUACGAGGUGACAGGAGCGCUGCGGGAGAAAGACCUUGACAUUCUCUGUCGAAAGUCGAGGAUGAGUUACCAGCAAGUGCGUGACUGGUUUGCAUCCAAAGAGAAGGUGUCGCAACCCUCUGGAGAAAGCCAGUGAAAAUAGCUGAGAAGUGGAGGCAUUGAAGGUGCAUUGUGUAAUAUUUUAAGCAGUUUAUUUCCUGAAUUCAUGCUGCCCAUUUAUAAAUGUUAUCUUUUUAAGCAAUCAGCCACGAGAGGUGGUGGGUUAUGCUCGAUUGAUAACGAGUAAGGGGAGUGGGGCAUGACGGGAAGCGGAAAAUUCCUCUUUUCAUACAUGAAAAGGGGGAUCCUCACUAUUGUCUGUCAUUUUGAAUUUCCAGAAAUAGACAUUUUCAGCCUCACACCUUACUGUACUUUGGCCAGAGUAGUAAAUAUUAGUUCAUUAUUGAGUAAAUGUUCAUGAAAUUAUCAAAUUUGGCAGUAGACAGCACAGUUUCAAUGGGCAGCAUAGUUGCAGUACCUACUCUGGCCACCAUCCUACACAGUGCACCGUUAAUGUCCCUUCUGUUUUGGAAGUCCCCUUUGUUGCUCCCUCACCAGUGCUAGCCUGGUGCUUGAAAAAAGACAUUUGAGGUUUUUGUUUUCCAUUUACAAUGCUGCUUAGAACAAGCUGCUGUGGUUCUCAAGGUCUUCCGACUUGAUAUCAAGUCAACAUGCUGUUAGUGAUGGAGUGAACCAUGCACUGUAUUCUCUUACCUUUUUUAAACUUUAUUUUUGGUUGUAAGUAUUACUCUACUUAGAGCUAGACCCAAAUAAUUGUUACAGUUUACUUUAAACAUAAUAGUGGCACAAUGUAGAAAGUGAAAUACAUUGCUUGAUCCCUCACAGGUACUAUGUAGUUCUGUAGAUGGUGGGAUGGCUAGAUUAGAGUCCCUUUUAUAUUCCCUUUAGACUCCUGACCUCAGGAUAAAUGAACAACAUGAAUUAAGUUCCAUCACUCCCAUGACAUUUCGCACUUGACAUGUGUGCUAGGUCUGUUGACUGUUCAAGAUAUGUCAAAAUAAUUAUGUUGCAUUUGUUUUGGUUCUCGUUUUCAUCCAUGCAAAGGUGCAAAGCACUCUGCCAUGAAAAAGCUUGAACAAAAUUAAGUUGCAAAAUGAAAGAAAAAAUAAGGGUGCCUUACAUAAGUUUGGACCAUUGAUUCCAUGAAUCUGGUGAUAUCAUGAUUGUGUACCUGUAACACAUUUCUAAGUGUAAAUUCAAAGAACCUUCAAAACAGUUUUACAACCUCGACAUAAUCGGCAAGACCAUAACUUGUUACUCUGUGCUUUGAAAUUUCAGAGAUAUCUUCUGUUAUUUUAACUGCUGUUUUUUUGGGGGGUUUUUGAGAAAAAAGAUGUAGGGUUACCACCAUUCCAUUGAACAUUGUCUGAUUUUUUUUAUUUAUUGUGUUGAGACCGAAGAAUAAUCUUUUAUAAUUUAUAAUUCAGUCAUUUCCAUAUGUCAAUGUUUUCAGUCUUGAGACCGUUUUUGAGAUAUUGAGACAUAGUUUUCUUAGACUGUGUAAUGGUGUGUUUGAGAGUUGGAGUGAGGCAGGUUAUGUGAAUGCAUGUGUAAAUAUAAGUCCUUUUGUAACUGGAAAUCUUGUAACUGCCCUGAUGAGUGUCUGCUAAAACUAAGGCAAUAAAGUUGCCCUUACAGAAAA